AUGAGUCCAAUUGAAUUCUUACAGACUAGAAUUUUUGAUUAUGGACAUUACUGGGCGAUUCAUCCGGCCAAUUUUGAGGAUUUCGUGAAAGGUGAUUUUCGAAGACGACGAGCGCAAAGAAAGGUUCGUCGACACAUGGGACUAUCAGUGAACGAAGAUGAAUGUUCGGAUGACAGUCCAAUCACUUCGCCAGCACCAUUCAGUGUCGAAUCAAUAUUACAACCGGAUAAAACGCCUCGUUGGUUGGCACCAGUAAUCCCAAACGUUGUGCCGAUCGCUUUUCCUUUUCACCUUUUCACCGCUCAUUAUUAA